UUAAAACACUGUUGUUGGCAAUAGAAAGGCUCUGGUCAUUCGACUUUAAAACAACAAACACCAGCAUUUGCUUUUCCUGGAAACUUCGAUUUCUGCUUAAAGCUUGUGCAUUUGGCCUCCUGUGAAAGUGAAAGAGAAAAACUCGGUGUGGUAGAACCAGAUGCAGAGAAAGCCAAGUCGGUGGAUGGUAUUAGCUGUGGCGAGGCAUUGUUCAUUGCUGCCUCUCGGUUACGUUUAAAGCCUGAAAUAUCACGAGAUCCAUUCAGUGGUCCUUCUCUCAUUCAAGGGACAAAAAUGUAAUUUGCUGUAGCUCUGAUUUCUUGGAUGGAAAUGCUAGCCUUAGAUUUCAAAGGCAAGAACUAGACAUCGCGGUUUGUACACACAUUGAUUAAGUUGAAGAGCGGCGAUUACAUCUGUGCUGAGAGCGACAGUAGUCCAGGGCUGACUUUUCAAAUCCCAACCUCCUGAGUUACAGACUCUCUUAAAUAGACUUCCUUAAUUUCCGGAUGUACUUCUUGAUAUUCCCAAUCUCUUCAAAAUUCCUGGGAAAAUUACAAGGAAGAUGAGAGUGGGGGUGGGGAGCCAUGGCUGAGAGACUUCAUCUUGUCAAGCAAACUACCUUUUUGAAUGUCUGAUUUCUGUUUGUUUGAUUUUCUUACGAUUUUUUUCUUUUUUCCUUUUCUUUUUCUCUUUUUGAGUCAUACCUGCUCCUGCUGGCCAGAUCACAGCAGGGGAAACUGGAACUUUUGAAUAUGAAGAAAGAAAUUAUUGUGCAUUUUUUUCUUACAGGUUCAGAAAUAUCCGUUCAUUCUUUAACCUCACAGAUGUGUCUAUUUUGGGAGGAAGGAGGAAACAUGUAGAUGCCUGGGCUGUAUUUAUGCUGUAGUUACAAACACGGAAGAUUUUGCUGAAUUUUGCAAAGCAGCCAACCACCCAUCUGAGAUCCUGCAAAUGCAAGCGGAAAGACCCUUUCCCUCGAUUGGCAAUAUUUGGAUAUCCUUGAAAACGACAGCAAACCAUGCUAGUGACUAAGAAGAGGUUAAACCAGACUGAUAUUCAUCCAAAGUGAUUUUGUUAAAACAGAUCCUGGCUUUCACAUGGGGGAAAUGGGAGCUGUGGAAGAUUCAUCUAAACUACCAGCCGAACCAUCACCGACCACUGAAAUGGUCUGCACCAAACAUCAGCACUUUCUUCUCGUUUUUAUGUAAAACUUCUGGCAGCACCUUGGGGAGCUUCCGUUUUCUUCCCUUUGCUGCAGAAGGAAGUGUCUGCUCCCUGGGAUUCUGACCUGUGGACGGGACCCUGGCUAAAGCCUGUGCCGGACACGACACUCAAAUGACCUCCCAUCUCCUCCAGGCUGCUUAAUCGUGAAAAGUGUACUCAUUUUUGGCUUAUCUGUGCUUUGUUGUGGGCCUGAAGAGAAACUACCUUCUCCUGCCCCACUCCUCAGCAAAGAAGCGAAUUGUUACUUGUUCCUGAGCUGGAGCCUGGAACUGCUUUCUUGGAUGCCUUGAGACACACGCAGCAUCUGGCGGAGGAUUAACAUACAUACAUGUGUAUGUAUGCGUCACGUAUAUAUUUACUGCAAAUGGUGGGGAUCAUUUAGUGCCCGAGAUGGGAGACCUGAAGUCAGGUUUCGAAGAGGUGGAUGGCGUGAGGCUCGGCUACCUCAUCAUUAAAGGAAAGCAAAUGUUUGCUCUCUCCCAAGUCUUCACAGAUCUGCUGAAAAACAUCCCGAGGACGACCGUGCACAAGCGCAUGGAUCAUCUGAAAGUGAAAAAGCACCACUGCGACCUGGAGGAGUUGCGGAAACUCAAAGCAAUCAACAGUAUCGCCUUCCACGCGGCCAAAUGCACGCUCAUCUCCCGGGAAGAUGUAGAAGCGCUCUACACCUCCUGCAAAACCGAGCGUGUGCUCAAGACCAAGCGAAGGAGGGUCGGUCGGGCCCUGGCCACAAAGGCGCCGCCGCCAGAGCGCGCCGCCGCCGCCAGCCCCCGCCCGGCUUUUUGGAAGGACAGGCACCAACUUUGGCGGGGCCUGAGCGGAGCCGCGCGGCCCCUGCCAAUCAGCGCGCAGUCCCAGCGUCCCGGCGCCGCCGCCGCGCGCCCCGCCGCCCAUCUACCUCAGAUUUUUAGCAAAUACCCGGGCUCGCACUACCCGGAGAUCGUUCGCUCGCCUUGCAAACCCUCUUUAAACUAUGAAACUGCCCCGCUGCAGGGAAACUACGUCGCCUUCCACUCGGACCCCGCUUAUUUUCGGAGCCUGCUGUGCAGCAAGCACCCGGCUGCCGCCGCCGCCGCCGCCGCCGCCGCCGCUGCCGCCGCCGCCGCCGCCGCCGCCUACUACCAGGCGGCCGGGCCCCAGCCCAAGGCGGCGACCGCGGGCGCGGGCGGCCCGGUGAGCCUGGCCUACCGCUGCAAGCGCAAGCGCGGGGGCUCCAAGAACUGCCUGCUCGCGCCGCCUCACGCCGGCGCCCGGCGCCUGCUGCUGCUGCCCAAGUCCUACAAAGCCAAGGCGGCGGCGGCGGCGGCAGCGGCGGCGGCGGCGGCGGCGGCGGCGGCCGCCGGGGCCACUUGCUUGGAGAGGUUUCAUCUGGUCAACGGCUUCUGCCCGCCUCCCCCCCACCACCACCAUCAUCACCACCAUCAUCAUCACCAUCACCACCGGGCCCAGCAGCCAACGCCGAGUCACCACCCCCCUCACCACCACCGGUCGCAGCCCCAUCUAGGAAGCUUUCCCGAGAGUUGUAGCAGCGACUCCGAGUCCAGCUCCUACUCCGACCAUGCGGCCAAUGACUCGGAUUUUGGCUCCAGUUUGUCCAGCUCCAGCAACUCCGUGUCCUCAGAGGAAGAGGAGGAGGAAGGAGAGGAGGAGGAGGAAGAGGAGGAGGAAGAGGGGGGCAGCGGGGCCUCGGAUUCCAGUGAAAUCAGUUCCGAGGAGGAGGACUCAUCCACGGAGUCAGACUCCAGCUCCGGGUCCAGCCAAGUGUCAGUGCAGAGCAUCCGUUUCAGGCGCACCAGCUUCUGCAAGCCUCCCAGCGUGCAGGCACAGGCCAACUUCUUGUACCAUCUGGCCUCCGCCGCCGCUGCAACCAAACCCGCUGCUUUCGAGGAUGCCGGCCGACUUCCCGACCUCAAGAGUAGUGUCAAAGCCGAGUCGCCAGAGGAGUGGAAUCUGCAGAGCUGGGCUCCCAAAGGGGCUCCGGUGUACUGCCGGGCCAGCAUGGGGAGUUGUUUCCCAGAGAUAAGAAACGAUAGGGUAUCUGAGAUUACAUUCCCACACUCUGAAAUUUCCAGUACUGUAAAGAGAACUGACCUGACAAUUAACUGCCUGGCAGAGGGGGCCUCUUCACCUAGCCCAAAGACAAACAAUGUGUUUCCACAACAAAGAAUACUCCGAGAGGCUAGGAACUGCCUACAAGCAACUCCUACUACACACUGUGCUGAGAACAGCACAAUAGCCGCUAGGUUCUUAGAUAAUGAUUCGUGUGGAACAACAGCAAAUUCAGGAAAAGAUUCCAAAAUCCCUCAUUGUCCUGAAUUUGCUACGGGUUUGCCCUCUCCUCAAACUGAUCCCGGAGUGGAUGCAGCAGCAGCAGUGGCAGCGGCAGCGGCAGCAGCAGCAGCAACUAAAGCUGAGAGUCUCUGCACUGACACAGGCAAGACGUUGCCAUUUCUGCACAAUAUUAAAAUCAAAGUAGAAGACAGUAGUGCUAAUGAAGAAUAUGAACCUGAUCUUAUUACAAAUAAGCUAAAGUGGGAGUGCAAUGAUACCGAGGGUGAGUUUUACAGUGUGACUGAGAAGAAAGAGGAGGACACCUUGUUACCCACAGCCAAGGAAGGCUUUGCAUGCCCUGAGAAAGAAACGCCUUCCUUAAACCCUCUGGCUCAGAGUCAGGGCCUCUCAUGCACUUUAGGAUCUCCAAAACCUGAGGAUGGGGAAUAUAAAUUUGGUGCCAGGGUGAGAAAAAAUUACCGGACACUAGUACUGGGCAAACGACCAGUCCUUCAGACACCUCCAGUCAAACCAAAUUUGAAAUCAGCUAGAAGCCCUCGUCCUACAGGUAAAACUGAGACACAUGAAGGAACACUGGAUGACUUUACAGUUUUAAACAGACGCAAAAAGGUAGCCAGCAAUGUAGCAUCAGCAGUGAAAAGGCCAUUUAAUUUCAUGGCAAAUUUUCCUUGUCCACCUUCACUCAUUAUUGGGAAGGAUGGGGAUUUGUGGCCAGCGUAUUCCUUAAACACCACUAAGGAUUCCCAACCUCCUCACAAGGCCCAUCCUAUAUGGAAAUGGCAGCUGGGCGGUUCUGCAAUACCUCUUCCACCUAGUCACAAAUUCAGGAAAUUUAAUUCAUAAAAAAAAUGUUUUGGAAGAUAUUUUCUUGAACCAUAUUACCUUCCUUUUGUUGUAAACUGCACAGGAUGGCUUGUACCAAGUCCAUUAAUGGUGUUACACCCCCUUUGGAGUCCUGGUUUAUCGCAUUUUGAAGACAGAAAUCGGAUUACUUUUUUUUCCCAUUGCGGGUUUUUUUUUUUUUUUUUUUUUAGGGUGGGGGCGGGGUGGGAGAAGGGUUGGUUUACAUACCACAGACUACUUCAGGCUAAAGACUCAAGUAAAACUCAGUUAUUAUGGUAGAGCUGGAACACUUUACUGUUUCAAUGCUAAUAAUGCACCGGUACCUCAAUUCAACUGCUACAAAUAAAUGUCAAAAGGUUGAAUAAUAAAUAUUACAAUGAGCCAUUAAGUUUAUGCACUAGUUUUCAGACCUGAAAGUGUAACUGGUAUUCAGUGGAAGUUUGUUAGGUUACAUGGUUACACAAUGAGACCUGAAAGUGUAACUGGUAUUCAGUGGAAGUUUGUUAGGUUACAUGGUUACACAAUGAGGCAGCAAGAAGUUUCUGUGAGCCCAAAUGUAAUUUUCUGGAGCUCUUAUUUGUGGGGUGUCUCUUUUUUAAAAAACCCCGAUCCCCUUUCCAAGAGUAGUUGCACUUAACUGUUUUGUUUUUGUUGUUCUUGUUUUUGUUUUUAAUGGAAAGAUUGGGGCAUGCCUCCUGAUUGGAUGCUGAUUUAAAAGCUGCCUUUUGUGUGAGAAGUAAAAGAAAUACUUUUUUUUUUAAAGGAUGUGCUUUUUUUUUUCACCUUUACAGUCACUCCUUGCAAUUGGAAAAGUCCCUUCUGUGCUCUCACCCAAACAUUUAAAAUAGGAUGACUUGCUGCGAUCCUGCUUAUCUUCUGAUCUGAAGAUAACUCUUCAAGCUUUCAAAACAAUUAAAACAUUUCUCUUAAUAGCAGGAUGUUUAAUGGUCUAACUCAUCCUAGUGACCAAGCAGUAAAUACAACCAAGAAAAAGAGUCAUAACACCACACCCCAAGAGAAAAAACUGAUUUCAGGGCUUUUUGGUAUCAGAACUCAGGCACUUGGAUUUUAUUACCUUAUGCUUUUUUCUGCAUCUCUCUAAACUUCUGUUUCAGGCCAUCCUGUGUAUAAAACAGGAGAGUUUCUACUGCAAGUGACAAUCAGAGGUGACUAUCUAUAUUUGCACUUAAAAUCAAAGUAGCUCCACAUGCAAAUGGUCUACCCUUGGUAAGGCUAUGCUGGUGUACUGUAUUGUAAAGAUGAGAGCAGUAAAUCAAAAUUAUGGAAAUUUGCACUGUUGAAAAGCAUGCUUUAGCUUUAUUUUCAAUUAAAAACACUGUUUAAAAUUCCUGGUUCCAUAGAUUUCUACUUAUUCCAGAUUGAAGAAGGGUAACAAGAAUGAAUGGCUUUGUUGACAUUUCCACUUGUAAUGUUUUUGCCUGAAAGAAAUGCGUUUAUUGGGUGCAGUUUUGUGGUAAUACUUUGUGAUGAGACCAAUCAGGUUCUGGGCAUAACACUGGCAAACUUCCUCUCAAAUAACAGAAAAACUUUUCAAACUUGUCACAGACCAACUAUUAAAAAGUUUCAUAUUUAAGAAAGUAAAGCAAAGAUCAGUUGUUAUUUUAAUGAAAGUUGAAUCUAAUAAUUCUUGGGUCACCAAAUUAUGUAUCUUAGAUCCUUGUUAUCUUUAGUCUAAGAGGUUGCAUCUAUAGACCAUAAAUCACAAAGCAAAACAAAACACCAAUGAAAUGUUUACUAUGUGAAUUUAAAUCAUUAUUUCUCAUGGAAAUUCAGCUAUUUAUUUUCCUUAACCUUUUAAUGCCUACUCCCUUUGAAAUUUUCCUUUUGUCUAUAAAAGUUUCAGAUAGUUCUGGAUGGUCUCAGACCUAAUUGCUGUGUAUGAUCUGUGCUUUUCCUCCUGCUGUAAAGGACAGAGGCUGAGAAUGCCUGCAUCCAGAUGCAUGUGCAUGGAGAGAGCAGAUGCUCUGAGCUGCCCUCCUUCCUUUCCUACAUGUUGCCAGAUGUAGGCUCACUGGAUUUUGUUUUUAUUGGAAUCAUAGAUAUGGUCAAAGCAAAAAUUGGGGAAUGUUAUUCUUGAAUACAUGUUAGUCUAUAUUUCCAAAGACUAGUCCAUAUUCUCAGUUAAAAGUCCCAGAAACCUGAACUGGCUUCUGAGCUUGAGUCCUUUCCUCUUUGGAAGGCAAUGCAGGAUCUAGGGACAGUGAGUUGUCUUUAUAAAGAAAAACAAAACAAACAAACAAACAAAAAAAAACAAAAGCAAAGCAGUCUGUAAAAAGUAUGACACCUACACAGGGGAAGUCUGUAAUUUCCACUCUUUUAAUUAGUGACAAGACGAGAAAGUUCAAGUACAGAGACUGCUGCAUUUAGACUUUCCAUGGUGGCUACAGACUGUUACCAAAUUAUAAACUGAGAAUCUAUUUUAAGUCUACAGAUCUUGAGUGUGGAAGACUGUAAGAUGGAAUAAAUACAAAUUAAGACAAAUAUCCCAUAUAAUUUUGGACAAAAUAUGAGGCUCCAGCUUGGACACUUGGUCCCCAAUCCUCAGAGUAUCAAUAGGUUCAGCUUCUAGGAGCUGCUAAUGAGCAGAAUGGGGGCUGAGGCAUACCAGAGUGAUACCAUCAAGAGGGAAGCUAUUGAGUAGUCAACAUAAAUUUUAUCCCACGGUGUCCCUGUAAGACACCAGCCACAGCAAACCCUGAGGUGGGGCUUUCUGUCACUAAAGUGUACUACAUAGUAAGUCUUAGUGUGCAAAUCUAAGGUAUUCUUUCAACUCCUAGUAGCCCUCAUCUGGUUUCCCAUCCUGCUGUGGGAAUUAGUCCCAGAACAGUUUAUUUUAUUUGGGUUGUUUUAUGAUUAAAGACAAUUUCUAGGUCUUUCUCAGCUGCUAUAAAUGUCACAUUUGUUCAAAAGUUAAGCCUUACUGAGGAAAAGCAAAAGUUACCUCCAUUGACAGGUUGAAUUUUUACAUUUAAAUGUUUUCAGGGAAUGGGUUUGUUCCUUUAAGUCCUGAAAGGCUCUAGGGCCACUGGUUCCUGUGUCUAAAUUAGCUCAACAGACAUGGGGAAAGUGUAAGAGAAAUCCCUUUCUCUGACUUUUUGGUGAAGCAAACUUAUUCCAGGUAAUUUCCUGAUAAGCCUGUGAAGUGAAAAUUUAAUUAUUUUUUAAAGAGAUGUGUGUACUUUCUUUCCCAGUCAGGUUAUCUGCCUUAUAGAAAAAUACAGCUUUCCCCCAUCCCCUAUUUACUUUUUAGAAUGGGUGUUCCUGUCUAUUGCCUUACUUGAUUACAGUGGAGUAACCUCAAUAAUGGUUGUUUAUUUGAAAACCAACAAGGAGCCCCCACUAAACAGCAAUAACACAAACUAGAUGGGCUGAUGUGUGGAUUUUUAUCUUAUUUGUGUCUGGGUGACUUUCAGUGGUCUAGAAAUUCCACAAAGUUCUUAACUAACAAGAAUUAGGCUGGAAAUUUCUUCUGAUAUGAGAAUGGGAGUUUUGUUUGCACACAGGAGAAGAUGUAGGUGAAAGUAAUUCCCCGAAAGCAUUGUUUUUCUUUCAAAGAAAACAAAAAUACAGUGAAAUUUUCCUUUAAAAAAAAAAACAAUAAAACAGCACCUAUAAAAGAAAGAAAUGUGACUUUUGCUUCACCUUGAAAACAUCUUCCUGCUGAAAAGGACAUGUGGAGGGAGGGAUUUCCCAGCGCCCAAAUAGGAAGGAGAAAAAAAAAUUUCAAGGCUCUCUACCAGCUAAACUCAGUAAAUUGGCAAGGAGAAAACAGGGCAUCUAUUUUCAGGCGUCAGUCCUCCCUGUCACCUCUGUUAUCUCCAGGAUUCUCCUUUUCCCUGUGAGGAACAGCUACCUUCCCUCUGGCUUGGGUUAUAGUUUGCUCCCUAGGCCAAAGGGCAUUCUACAAACUAGCCUGGGGGUUGGGUACUUAAGGCCUAUCCAGGAGGUGGGGAAGGGCCGCAUUUUACCUGUUUGGCAGGCCCUCUUUUGCUUUAAAAAACGGAGAAGAGGAAGGGGGUAGGCAGCUAUCAGUCUUUGCCCAUGCCCUAGGCCCCUGCUACUCUAGCUCCUUUUCAAACUGUGGAGGCCUCACAAGCUCCUACUUUAAAAGGCCUGAGAUGUUUUGCAUGAAGCCCUCACAAUAGGGGUUGAGGGAAUUGACAGUUUCAAAAACAAGGCCUUCAGUCCUUUCCAGCUGCCGGCCUGCUCUCCCGCACCAACUCCUGGUUCCUCUCUGCUGGUGGCGUCCUCGGCAGUGCACAGCCUCCCUUCCAGCCCUCAAACCCGCGCACAGGCCGGCCCCACCCCGCCCCCAGGCUGUGUUUGUAAACAGGGGUCAGUGGCCAGGGGCUGCUGGCGCGGGCUUCGGCCUACUGGCCUGGGAGGAAAGACCAGGGACUCUGGAGCCAGCCAAAGGCUGCAGGCAAAUGGCUGAGAGGGUUUCCAGGGUUGCUUUCCGCAGCCACCGAGCUCUGGGCACUUUACAGACUCAGAGCAUCCUUGGGUUCUUCGACCAGGGCCACCAUCAUCACCAAAAAGAUGUUUAAGUGCCGCCAUUUUGCAUGGUGGCAAACAAAUUUCUUUGUGACUUUUCUUUUCCCGCCCAGAUCUUGCUCUCCUCUGAUUGUGCGACGAUUUCGCUCCUCCAGGCAGAAGAGCCUGCACCCCAGCUCGUCCUGCGCAGCCUCCAGUCCAAGAGGCCAUAAGGCCGAGAGCAGAGGGCAGCUAGGCGCGUCGGCCACCUAGGGCCUUCUCUCCAUCAGAGUGGACUGCUUCCCCUCAGUUUGAACUUCUCUUGAGUCCUGAAGUCAUCGCCCAUGCCUGCACUUGCUGUCCUGUAUUUCUCACCUUCUUGCCCAGGUCUCAUUCCUCCUCCCCAGGCAAAAGAGACCCAGAUCUUUGCAUUGCUUAGAGGAUUCCGAGGCCUCCAAAAUGCGCUUGUAAGAGGCAAGUGGGCAAAGGGCCGGGGCCAGCAUGGCUGCGGAUCUCCUCUUGGAAACAGGCUCAGGAGCAGAGGCCUAACGUGUGGGGAGGGAGCACGCUGGCCAGGCCCGGUGCAACUCCUAGAGUGGGAAUAACGUGGUGCCAGGCCUGCUUGCUUUGGUUUGGUGGUUCCUAUCCCUUGGAACUUCUUUCAGUGCAUCUGCAAGUGGAAUGAUGACCUGGAAACGGGGAAACGUGAGACAGUGACCUGGAAACCCACCCUCGGCUGGGAGGUUGGAGUGCAGCAAUGCAAACAAAGCUGCUACUGGGGAAGAGGGGAAACAGAGGUGCUCAGCGCAUAGGUCACAGGAAAGUGCAACAAGCUUGUUUUCCCGGGUGUUUAAAAUGCAGCCCCAGUUGUAAAGUGUGUGAAAUUACGCACUGGUCUCUUAAAGAGUGCCUAAUUUAUAGUAAAUAGCAAGGUCUUUGUAAAU